AUGGCGUUCCUCGGCUUCCGCGCGUACCCUACUCCUAUUAUGAAGCCCCUGUGGCCCUUCUUUGCUGCCUCGGGCCUCGUCUACUAUGCCGUGAGCAAGAUCCAGUACGCUGGUGUCCGCUCGGGUGAGUACGCCAAGGACCCCAAGAACCCCUACGAGCUGACAUGCGCUUUCUCUCGGCGACUGCGUGUGGUUUUUUGGCUGUUCUUCCGGCGACCCUCGUCUAUGCCUGUUUUUGACAUUCACCUGUUCAGCGAAGCAAAUCGCUAA